AUGCUGGAGAUGAACAGAAGAAGUGUGUCUGUGUGUUGUGCUUGGAGAUCGUUUGAGAUGCUGACAUCUUGCACAUGUGCCUUGUGGAAUUUAAUAAAUGAACGUUUUCUACAUCUAUAAUACCCUUGCGGUCUGAGUGGUGUAACAAGAGCAUAUAAUAAUUUGUUUUGAUGUGUGUUCCCCACAGUUAUGACUCCAACAUGGACGACAGCAGAGACAACAAGAAGAACCGUUUCUCCAACACAAUGGCCUUCAUGGAGGAAUAUCUGAACAACGUCCUGAACGAUGAGCUGCCCUUUCACAACGAGGAGAAAAACAAACUCACAUACGAGGUGGUGAGUUUGGCCAGACAUUUGAUCUACUUUGGUUUCUACAGUUUCUUUGAGCUGCUCAGACUCACCAGAACUCUGCUGGGCAUCAUCGACUGUAGACCCAACCCUGGAUAUGCUGGGGUCUUAUUCCAUGAUGAUGGAUCUGGGAAAAACGUCAAGCGCUCCAUACAUGGGAUGGGUCAGAUUAUGUCCACCAUGGUCCUGAACAGGAAGCAGUCCAUAUUCGGAGGUGCAGGAGCCAGAGGGGCGGGGGCGGGAAAUGCGCUUGAAGGACAGAGAGGCAGUAAAGAUAGUAUUGAAAAUAUGGACCUGACUGUGAUGGACACCAAGCUGAAGAUACUGGAGAUAUUACAGUUCAUCCUGAACGUUCGUCUGGACUACCGCAUCUCCUUCCUGCUGUCAGUGUUUAAGAAAGAGUUUGUGGAUGUUUAUCCCAUGGCUGAUGCCGACGCCACCACCAAUUUGGAGCACGCAGCCACCAUCAACCUGCAGCACAUUGGAGAGCAGGCUGAGGCUAUGUUUGGAGUCGGGAAAGGGAACAGUAUUUUGGAGGUGGAUGAUGAAGGCGGUCGGAUGUUCCUGAGGGUUCUGAUCCACCUCACCAUGCACGACUAUCCUCCUUUAGUCUCUGGAGCCCUGCAGCUGCUCUUCAGACACUUCAGCCAGAGACAGGAGGUGCUGCAAACCUUCAAACAGGUCCAGUUGUUGAUCACGUCACAGGAUGUAGAAAACUACAAGCUGAUCAAGGCGGAUCUGGAUCGACUCCGAACGCUGGUGGAGAAAUCUGAACUGUGGGUGGAGAAGAAGAGCUCAGGUGGAAGCGACGGGAAGAAAGACAAGAAGGACAAGAAGGAGAAAGGGGAGGUGGGGAGCAAAAACAUCAUUAUUUACACCUUUAUUUUCACUAAAGGCAUUAGUAUUUAUAACAUAAAAGAACAGAUUGUCUGGACAUUAAACAGUUUAGGUUCCUGUUUAAAUUGAACACCAAGUACAUUUUUGGGGAAAACGUAGACAAGUUCCAGGAACAAAGAGGAGGUGGAGAGUGCAGUAUCACCAGCAUACAGCACUAUGUUGAGAGAGAGUUUCUAGAUGGAUUUAGGGCCAAUUUUAUUUCAAAAUGUUUAAGUUUAACACUCCUUCAUAACUAAUGGGUGAGAUCUUCAUGU